GGUGGAAGUAUGCUUGGCAUUGACCUUGCUCCGGAAGAUGACAUCUUGUUCCACGCCAAAUUGCCAAUAGACCUUGCUUCACGGGGUAGACGUUAUUAGGUCGGCUGGGGUAUCAGUUCGAAAGGAGAUUUCAGGUGGACUCAGUUAUCCUAUAUAAAGAACAGAAUUCAGCACAAGAUGGCAAGGUUUCUUCUUACUUUACCCUUCAGAAAUUUCUAAGCCCAUACUAUCCUCACAAACAAUGCGUUUCUGCCUUGUUCUCGCCGCCGCUGUUGCUUUGACAGCGUCAAUAUCUGCUGUAAACGCUCAGGAGGAAGGAGGCUGUCCUUUCUUCUGCUUUACCCAUUGGGAGUGCAGAAGCGGCGUGGUAGAGAUGGAUGUCAUGCACGACGUCGUAGGACGACUAGUGAAGCGAUGGGAUGCUCGACAUUGGGGGUGGAAUAAGGACUUUGGUGGCGUCAGAAGUGAAAUUUGGGGUGAUCAUGCAGUGGCAAUCUGAUAUUCACUUCUUUGGAGAGGUUACUGAAGGUUGAAAAGUCGGAGUUCAGAUGACUAAGGCAUGCGUUGAGUUUCGAAGGGGAAUGAUGAUUAGGGAGCGUACGUGUCUGUUAAACGUUAAGACGAGAAAUGGAAAUGCGAGACUUGCCAUAAAUUUCAUUUCUACUAAUUAACCAAGCGGUGGUAAGAUUUAUUGCAUCUUACUUCCAAUAGGCUCAUGUCCUCGUCGCACUAGCUCGUGGCCUCCGACGCAAUACGGCCACAACGCACAACUAUGUUGCAUCUUCACCUGCUCUAGAUUCUCGCGUUUCUGCUCUCGGCUCUCCUUCAAGUUGCGCCCUUCCAGACUAGGUACUAUUAGUGA